GAUCCUCAGCUGCCGCGACGCUUUAUGGACAAACACUGAGUGGACUGAGAGUGUUCGCACUGACGGGUUUAGAGUUCGCGCUUGUGUCUUCAGAGCGGUCAGCAUGGCUGUGGCUGAGGCUGUGAUUCCUGCAGUGACUUCAUAUCCAAGUGUUGAAGCCAUGGAGGGAAAACAGUUUGACAACCUGUGCAAAAUGGAUGAUUGUGCACGGAGCAGCGCGACAGGUGGCGCAGACAACCCGCUCAUUGAGGUGGAGUUCAGCAUCGUGCAGUCUCCUGCUUUGCCUCCCAGAGACGACGACGAACUGGGGAAAUUCUUGGACCUCGAGUUCAUUUUGUCCAACACCAUCAGCUCCGAUGUUUCCCCCCCUCAGCAGCAGCAGCAGUGCGCGUAUUCUCUGCCGGAGUCUCCGGAGAGCUGCAGCGGUGGUUCUGUUCCAGACUGCAGCGACCACCCCUCCCCUCACCUGGCCACUCAGAGCUACCACGGCUCCUCGAGCUUCACAGGCACGAGCCCGGUCCGCAGCCUAAUGGCGGAGCUUCUCACGCCAGACAUGAGCUACCCGGGUGAGAGUUCACCGGACAGCGCAGACAAGGCGAGAGACGGACGGGACUACACCGAACUGCGAGCGUUGAACCCGGUCACCAUUGCAGCUGCUCCCGCUCAUCACCAUGUGGCCACAUCUCCGCCGCCGCUUGGAUACAAAAUUAAAAACGAGCCUGUAAGUCAGUCCUGUAUGAUGGCAGCAGCUGGUGGGGACUUUAUGGGACAGAUGUUUGAUAAACACCAGCUUCGCACCGUGCACCCAGCAGCUUUUACGCACCACCAUGCGUCAGUUCCAAAUGGGUUCGGUGCGCAUCCCAUGCAGCACCCUGCUCCUCAGGGACGCUCAGACUGUCAUUUGGCACAAAUGAACUCUACCGUGAGCUCUCACCCCAAUCAACACCAUCUCCACAACCACUACAUGAACGCACCAUACCAGCCGCAGUACGCACACCAGAGCGUGCCUCAGUUUCAGGGACAGUAUAACAUGCACAGAGAGCCUGUGCUCGUUCACCAGCAGCAUCAUCCGGCCUCUCUGCAGGGGAUGAUGCUCACCCCUCCCUCGUCGCCGUCAUUGCUGGAGUUUUAUGGGCACGAUGAGGUGGGGAGCAUCAAGCAAAAGCGAGGCCGCAGGUCGUGGGCCAGAAAACGUGCAGCGACGCACAACUGCGAGUUCCCGGGCUGUGGGAAAACCUACACCAAGAGCUCCCACCUCAAAGCCCACAUGAGGACACACACAGGUGAAAAGCCAUACCACUGUAACUGGGAAGGCUGUGGCUGGAAGUUCGCCAGGUCAGAUGAGCUGACCCGUCACUUCAGGAAACACACUGGGCACCGGCCCUUUCAGUGUCACCUCUGUGAGCGUGCCUUCUCACGCUCUGAUCAUUUGGCUCUCCACAUGAAGAGGCACAUGUAGGCCGCACUGACCACACGGGACGUUUUGUUUGUAUCCAAAUCCACCGUGGGAUCGUGGUCAGAGCAUCCCAGAUGAAGCACGAGCUGCCCCCUCACUACUGGACACUUUGUGCAUCUGGCCAAAGCCAGUGACACUAAACGCUCCUGUAGGGACUUGAGUCUAGGUGUAGUGUCUUGGCAACCAUAACAUACUUCAUGGCAUUUGAUCCCAUAAUACCAUACCACAAACUUCCUCCUAUAGGAACAAGUUGUGCUGGUGGUUUUCAAAAGUGCCUGUCAGAAAAAACACUGGUGUUUUUGUACAUAUCUGUGCAUAUAUGAAUUUCUUUGGCUAAAUUAUAGUAGUUUGGUAUUUAAGACGACUCCUCACCCUCUCUUUGAAAUAAGUUAUUGAUUGUUGGUGAGUGCCUGGAAGAGACUGUAUCUGCUUCCCAAAAGGGGAAUACUCACUGUGGGCAGGACCCAUUGUACAUAUGUAAAUUGUAUUUUUCUAAUGUUUACAUCUUAUGUCUUUGAUACUACUCAAAAUCAGGUCAGGGUUUUUAUCUACAAUGUUGUUGUUCUAUUUUCUUACAGGUUUUGUUAUUACACACAACACAAUUUUUAUAGAUUUGCUAAGCAUUGUGGGCCAGGCCUGCAUUUCUUUGGUUUUGUAAAGGUUUGCUUGAGCAAUGUCAACAAAUUCAGGUACUAGAACUCGUAUUCAGUCAAUUUCAGGAUACCAAGCAUCAAGUGUCAAUACACCCUCACUUCACCCCAGUUCCAUGCUCAGUGUUUUUAGGGACACAAUAGUCUGUGUUUUGCCAUGUUUUU